GGUCUUGCCUUUCACCCACUGUCACUCCAAGCUUAGCAGGUGCGAAGUGUCAUUAAAGUGCGCCCCAUUAUUUUAACAACAACAACAACAAAACAUGACAUGAAUCGUCCUUGCGAUUUCGCAGGCUGUUGACGACCGCCGCUGCCAGCCGGUCGGUUAGCGUCAAGUCGGUGCCAGUUUGAAGCUAACUAGUUAGCUCGCUAGUUAGCCUGCGAGCUAACGUUACGGAGCUGUCAGUCGGUGAGGCUAAGUGGCUAUCAAGGUACGGUGCCACCGGCUCGGUGAGGCUGCACCACCGACGGCGAGCGACGCUUCUAGCACAUAAGAAGCUACCGAAAAAAUGGACAAAGACGAAGCGGACCGGCUGAUAGAGAAGGCGAAGCUUUUAUUACGGUCAGGACGGAAGGACCGAGCGCUGCAGCUGCUCUAUGAAGCUCAGAAUAUCUACCCCAGCACACGGGCCAGAGUGCUGAUUGAUGCCAUAGUUAAAAAUGGAAGCAAUGCUGCUCAGGAAGCGAACCGUGUGCCCCCGCCUAGAGGCUGGCGAGAUGAGGACUUGGGAAGCGCAGAGAAAAGUCAUGUGAGCGGCGAUGGCAGGAAGAGCUACACAGAAGAGCAGCGCCAGGGUGUUCACAGGAUUAAGAAUUGCAGAGACUUCUAUGAGAUUCUUGGUGUUCCCAAGCAUUCCAGCGAUGAAGAUCUGAAGAAGGCGUACAGAAAGCUGGCCCUCAAGUUCCACCCUGACAAAAACUUUGCUCCUGGAGCCACAGAUGCAUUUAAAGCAAUAGGCAACGCGUACGCAGUGCUGAGCAAUCCGGAGAAGAGGCAGCAGUAUGAUCAGUAUGGCGAUCAAUCGGCAGCGGAGUGUGCACCCCAACACACCACUCACCAUCGCCACAACCGAAACUUCCACCGAGACUUUGAGGCCGACAUUUCCCCCGAGGAACUCUUCAACAUUUUCUUUGGAGGACGUUUCCCCACAGGAAACAUUCACGUGUACACCAACCAAGGAGCCUCCUACUCUCAGUUCUACCAGCCUCGUCGACGACGAGCUUAUGAGAGACGUGAGGAUGUGGCGGAGGACAACCCGAGUCAAAACACCUUUACAGCUCUGCUGCAGCUCCUCCCCAUUCUGGUGCUGAUCCUCAUCUCGGUAUUCACUCAGAUGAUGGCCACCAACCCACCUUACAGUCUCUUCUAUAAGCCGAGCAUGGGCCUGGUGGUUUCCCGGGAAACGCAGCACAUGGGCGUUCCGUACUACGUGGAUAAAAGUUUUGAGAAGGAAUACCGUGGCGAUGCCCUGGACGAGCUGGAGAAAACUAUAGAGAGUGACUACAUCGAACACUUGCAGAGCAGCUGUUGGAAGGAGAAACAGCAAAAGUCAGACUUGAUGAACCUCGGGCAGCUGUACCGAGAUGAGCGUCUGAAGCAGAAGGCAGAGUCCAUGAGGUUGGACAACUGUGACAAGCUGCACAGACUGGUCGGACGUCAGAGAAGCAAAUGAAGGACGGUUUGUUUAAUGUGGCGUGCCACUCUGGUACAUUAUUAUUUGUAUGACUAUUGAUCAACGACAUUAUUGACAUUAUAUACACUCGAGCUAUCCUGGCAAGACUCAUGCAGCAGAGUUGGAAAAAAAUGUGCCUUCUCUCCUCCGGGUUGGUAGUAAAUACGAGUUUGCUUGUCAGCUGCUUUGGUGGCCGCAGCACUGAGGCUCCGCCCCUUUUCAACUUUUUUAUUCGAGAAAUGGUCUCUGUCUGAGGGCAUUUUAUUAAGCUAUGUUUAUGUCCAUGCACUUUGAUUUAUUUAUUUUCCCGAUUGUUCAGUGUCUUUGCCAAAAAUCCAAGUGUAUUUAAUGAAUCAACAUAUUUGCUACAAUGACUUGAAUAACUCGACUUUGGACAAAUCUCAACACUGUUGUACUGUGAAGUCAUGGACUAUUUAUUUAUAACUUAUUUAGAUAAAAUCAAAACAAAUCAGACAGUAAGAAGGGACUGACAUUUUUUUUACACUGUGCUUUCAGAUCAUUUAUACCUCCCCCUUCACUGCUUCCAUAAUGGAUCCAUCAUAAUGGAUGUUUAAAAGCAACACAUGAUUGCUGUUAUGUAUUUCAAAGGCUGUUCCAUUACCUCGGGCUGAAGUGGUGUCCUUUUCUAAACCAAAAUGGAACAUUUGAAAUGGAAAAAAUGUGGACAUGACACUACAUACAGGAUUUACGUUGCCAUGUCGCCUGUGUUUCCUGUGACAUGUUCAGGUUAAUCUCAAGCACUUUUAUUAUUUAACAGUGUUCUGUUGUCUUGCAUGCACCCUAGGUAAAGGAUUGUUUCGUUACAUUGUUUUUGUUAAUGUUUUAGCAAUACAUUUUCAGUCAAUAUUGACUGACCACAUUGAUCAAUUCAGUAUUAUGGACAAACAAUCAUAAAUACAGUGAAGCCGUAGUUGGGUUUAGCCAUUUUUCAAACAAAACUACCAGAAAAUUAAA